CAUCUCCUGGGCCCUGAUCCUCCUUUGAAGCUCCCAAUUGCAUACAGCUGGUCUCCUGGCAGCAUGGAUGGCGAGGAAGACGAUCUGUCUCUGCUAACUGCACUGCUGGAGGAGAAUGAGUCCGCCACGGGGUGUAACUCAGAAGAGGACAGGUCCUUGGCCCAGGAAGAUGCUGAACCCGACCAAUUUGAUGAGCUGUUUGAUGCUGAUGGAGAUGGUGAAUCUUACUCAGAGGAGGCUGAUGAAGGAGAAGCAGAGAGGAAUGAAGACGAGAAGGAAAACCUGGCUAUGCUCUUUGGAGACAUGGGAGAUUUGACAGAUGAAGAAGAAGUUCCUACUUCGCAAUCAACGGACAAUAGGGCUCUUCCUGCCCCUACCUCAGGUCAAGAGAAAACAAAUCAGGAACUGCAAGAGGAAUUAAGGAAGCUUCAAGAGCAAAUGAAGUCAUUGCAAGAACAGCUCAAAGUAGCAACAAUCCAACAGCCUGCAAGUCCGGCCUUUCUGCAUAAAUCCCCUGUAGCUAAGUCCCCACGCCCGUCUCUUAAGGAGAAGAAGGUUCAGAGAGUCCAGGAGUCGACGAGCUUUUCUGAAGAACUUGAUGUCCCGGUUCUCCCGAAAGCCAAGCGGGUGGCUCGGGCCCCAAAGGUGGCUCCGGCAGGGCCUCAAAGUUCAUCUUUAGGGAUGGCAAGUGCCCCAUCCCAACCACUCCAAAAUAUUCCUGGGAACAAACCUAAUGGGAUGCAGAGAGAUCAGAGCUGGAGGGCCCCAAAGAGCUCUGGGGACCAGACUCCACCCGUCUCUGUGGAAGCCUUCUCUGGCCUGAGGCUCAGGCGGCCUCGCGUAUCCUCCACAGAAAUGAACAGAAAAAUGGUUGGCCGAAAACUGAUCAGACUGUCUCAGAUCAAGGAGAAGAUGGCCCAGGAGAAACUGGAAGAAAUGGACUGGGUGACCUUUGGGGUCAUUGUAAAGAAAGUCACUCCACAGAGUUCUAACACGGGGAAAACAUUUAGCAUAUGGCGGCUGAAUGAUCUUCGGGACCUGACACGGUAUGUGUCAUUGUUCUUAUUUAGAGAAGUUCACAAAGAACUUUGGAAGACCGAACAAGGCACUGUCAUAGGAUUGCUCAAUGCUAACCCUAUGAAGCCCAAGGACGGGUCAGAAGAGGUGUGCCUAUCUAUAGAUCAUCCUCAGAAGGUCUUGAUUAUGGGUGAAGCGCUUGACCUGGGCACCUGUAAAGCGGAGAAGAAGAAUGGCCAGCCCUGCACCCAGAUGGUCAAUUUGAGGGACUGUGAGUACUGUCAGUAUCACGUCCAGACUCAGUACAGGAAGCUGAGCGCAAAGCGAGCCGACCUGCAGUCCACCUUCUCCGGAGGACGGGUUCCAAAGAAGUUCACCCGCAGAGGCGCCGGCCUGAAGGAGCGGCUCUGCCGCGACGGCUUCUACUACGGAGGCGUCUCCUCCGAGUCGUACGCGGCCUCCGUGGCAGCGGUUCUUGCUCCGAAGAAGACGAUUCAAACCACUCUGACCAACAUGGUUGUCAAGGGCUCCAACCUGAUUAUCCAGGAAACGCGACAGAAACUCGGAUUGCCGCAGAAGAGCUUGUCUUGUUCUGAGGAGUUCAGAGAGCUGAUGCACUUGCCUACCUCCGGAGCCAGGAACUUAAAACGGCACUUGGCCAAAGCCAAGACAUCAGGGGCUGCGGGGAGCCCUAACCUUGCUGCUAUUCAGUCUAUCUCGGCAUCAGCCCUCUUAAAGCAGCAGAAGCAGCACCUACUGGAGAAGAGAAAAAAGAAAUCAGAAGAAAUGCAGAAGCGAUUCCUCCAAAGCUCGAGUCAAGGAGAGUGCCCAGCUCUGCCGUCCUCUUCUCGACAGCCCACUUCUCCGCCUCCACUAACCCGAGCUGAGCUUCCCAGCCGGGAGGCCACCCAAGCCCCACAGACGCCCAAGCUUGGGCGAGGCAUCGCCGAGGGAGAGGAUAUUCUCUUCUUUGAUGAGUCGCCACCACCAAGACCAAAACUGGGUGCUUUAGCCGAAGCCAAAAAGUUAGCUGCAAUACACAAAUUAAGGACAAAAAAACAAAUUCUUACCAAGACGGACCCAAACAGCAUUAAAAGGAAGCAAAUGGACCCGGAGGAUGUCUUGGAAGUGAUGGAACGUGUAGAAAAAAGCGCCACCUUUUCUCCUCCAGCUGAGGGUGAACUAGAACCGGCCAAGAAAAAGUGGAAGGAGCAACUUGCCUACUUGGAAUCUGAAGAAUUUCAGAAAAUUCUAAAGGCCAAGUCUAAGCACACAGGCAUCCUCAAAGAGGCCGAGGCAGAGCUGCAGGAGCGCUAUUUUGAGCCACUGGUGAAAAAAGAGCAAAUGGAAGACAAGAUGAAGAACAUCAGAGAAGUGAAAUGCCGCGUGGUGACGUGCAAGACGUGUGCCUACACUCACUUCAAGCCCUUGGAGACCUGCAUCAGCGAGCAGCACGACUACCACUUUCAUGACGGCGUGAAGCGCUUCUUCAAGUGCCCCUGUGGAAACCGGAGUAUCUCGCUGGACAGGCUCCCUAAGAAGCACUGCAGUAACUGCGGCCUCUUCAAAUGGGAACGGGACGGAAUGCUAAAGGAAAAGAAAGGUCCAAAGAUAGGAGGAGAAACCCUGUUACCCAGAGGAGAAGAACAUGCCAAAUUUCUGAAUAGCCUUCAGUAAUUCUCACAUCAGCCCCUUUGCCACGCCCUCCCUUCGGGUGGCUCCAGAAAAGCUCCACGUUGCCCAUGUGCUCAUGGGUACAUUCAAAAUCAGUAUGGGUGAAGCCCCUCAGCUGCCCUUCCCCCACUGUGUUGGAUCAAAUCUGACGUUGACAUUGCAGGGAGAAAAUCAAAGUAUCAUUCCUUGUCUUGGGUUUCCCUGCCGAUGGCUACAUUAUUGCAUUCGCAGCUUUUUUUUUUCUUCUUUGGCCAAGUAGCAGAAGAUAAGCCACAAGCUGUAUUUCGGUAUCUCCAAGUUAGAAAGUGUGUAAUGCAGCAGAGUUCUCCUGAUAAAAUUCUAGGGC